GUGUCUUUAUGACGUCACCUAACGGCCACCCUCGCUGUGCGGAGCGGGGUGUUUUAUUUUCCCCCUCCAUACCUGUUCAUUUAAACCCGUUCAUUAAGGAAUUGUCGAUUACAAACACAAUUACAGUGCGGGAGGGCUGCUGUUAUUGCAACAGUUGUCGUGUUUAACGAGUUCUGCUCGGCAAGGUGAAUCGUAGCGAAAGGUUUGUUAGUAGUUAGCAGGGUGUUGCUAACGCAGUUAGCUCACCUUCGAAGCAGGAACUCAUUGUUAGUAUAUUAUGUUCGAAGCUACGCGUGUAUCCUCCUUUUUCUUAAGUGGUUGUGGACGUAACUGCACACAUUUAGGUUGAGCAGUUUAUUCGAUUAUUUAUUGUAGGUAUUGGUCAUCGAUCGAUGAUUCGCCUGCUCACUUUGCUCCCUCGCGUUGUGGGCCUUGUUGCCGACUAGCACGACAUGGCUAUUAGCAGUCAAUGACCCUGCAGGUGUUUACGUACUUUGGAGUUUCAUCGAGUGCUAUACAUACAAUAAAAUAUUCUCAAAAUGGACACCCCUGAAAGCCCCAACCAAUCAUCGCAGUCUCCCUUGGAGAAGGAUCUGACUGACAGUGAGCUAUUGGAUUAUCCUGAUGAGGAAGAGGAUAGGAUGAUCUCAGACAGUGAAAUACUCUAUGAAGAGAAUGGAGAACUGGCAGAGGCGGAUGAAGAAGACGAUACAGUGGAGAUCAGAGGAGAACGCCUGUCAUUACAGGUGGUGCGAGGAGAAGAUGAUGAGGUUGUACCUGACUUUGUUUCUGAGCCAGAGGAUGAAGAAGCUUUAGUGGAAACUCUCGAAACGGGACAAGAGAACGAACCCAUUGUGCUUUUGGAAGGGGAUGAUGAUAGACCACAGGGUGUUGAUUUGGAUGGAGAGGAGGCAGAUCAAGUAGUUUACACGCCUCAGUCUCCAGUCUCAGAGCCAGAACAAGGCGGUAAUGUUGUCACUAAGGAAGACUCCGGCGUAUCUGGAGUAUAUGGAAAUUACAGCCUUGUUUCAGGAGACACUGGUGCUCAGCUAGCUAAGGUGGAUGAUGAGGAAGAGGAGGAGGACGACGACGAUGAACAAGUAAAAAGCAUUGCAGAAGAGGAUGACAAUUUGAGUGCGCGAGUGGAGAGAUCUGCUGUGGUGAGAGAGAUAAGGGAAGACUCUGCGUCGGUUUCGCGAGAGCUGGAUGAACAUGAACUGGAUUAUGAUGAAGAGGUACCAGAGGAGCCCAGCAUUCCCACACAUGAGGAUGAAGAAGAUGAUGCAAAGGCAUUAGACGAGGAGGAUGGUGGAGACAAGAUUGUAAAGAAGAAAGAGAAGAAACUUAUUUUACCACCAUCUCCCAAAGAUGGGGAUACUAAAAAGAGAGAAGACUCCAGAUCACGCCGAGAUUCAUUCAGAGACAAGCGGAGAGAAGAGGAUGAUGGAGAAAUUGAUGAAGGCGAGAUUGAUGAUGAUGAUUUGGAGGAGGGUGAGGUGAAAGAUCCUACAGAUAGGAAGAUCAGACCACGUCCUAUUUGCAGGUUCUUCAUCAAAGGAAAUUGUACUUGGGGUAUGAACUGUCGGUUUAUCCACCCGGGGGUUAAUGACAAAGGGAACUAUUCCCUCAUCAGUAAGCCAGACCUUUUUUCACCUAAUGGAGCUCAACCUGGAGGACCCCUCCCACUUCUACCCAACAACCCCUGGGCUGCACCUACUGUAGAGGAGCUUCCUCCACCUCCACCUCCUGUCGAUCCUCCUGUGGAAAGUGCGUGGGAGAGAGGCCUCAGGCACGCAAAAGAGAUGUUGAAGAAGGCCACCAUCCGUAAGGAGCAAGAGCCAGACUUCGAAGAAAAACGUUUUAAUGUGACUAUUGGAGAGGAUGAGAGGGAAUUCGACAAGGAAAAUGAUUUCUUCAGGGAACGCAGCUAUCGCAUUAUCAGAGAUGAAACUGACUUGAGAGAGCCAAUGUAUGGUGAUGCAUAUGCUGAGCCCUACUAUGAUUAUGAAAUGGAGGCCCUAUGGCGAGGUGGACAGUAUGAAAACUUCAGAGUGCAGUAUACAGAAGCGCCUCUUCCUUACCACUAUAGUGAGCGUGAACGGGAAAGGGACCCUCGAGAGCGUCACAGAGAUAGAGAGCGAGAGAGAGAUCACCGUGAGAGGGAGCGCCGACAGAGGGAACGAGAGCGGGAGAGAGAGCGGGAGAAGGAGCGAUUAAGGCGAAAAGAGGAGUGGGAGAGAGACCGGAUAAAGCGAGAUGACAAGGAGAGACCAAAGAUGCGUCCGCCUCGAGACAUCCGAGAGAAGAAAGAUGAAAACAAACUCAAACCACAGUCACCUUUAAUUCUGCCUCCCAACAGACCAAUGGAGCCUCCCACAAAGAAAGAGCUUGUUCCAUUAAUGAGACAGCCAGAUGAAUGGAAGGAUCCUUGGCGUCGGUCAAAAUCCCCUCGAAGAAGAUCUGGACUGGGCUCACCACCACGCGGUCGUCGGAGAAAUCGUCAUUCGGGUUCUUCUGUUUCUCCGUCAAACUCUUCCAGGUCUUCGUCUCACUCUUCAUCCUACACAGGCUCUGGAUCAUCUCGUUCCCGCAGCCGUUCUUCAGUCAGCUCUUACUCCAGCCACUCCUCCCAUCGCAGCUCGUUCAGUGGCAGCCGCUCUAGGUCGAGAUCAUUCUCCUCAUCUCCCUCACCUAGUCCAACUGCACCAAGGAAUGCCAAAAACAAACCAGACCUUCCUCCAGUGCUUGCUAAAGGAAUUGCACUGAAGCAGGCAAAUGCGCCUCCUCCACGCAGAGAUAAGCCUCCUGUAAAGAAAGCUCAGAGUCCGCCACCAACUGGUGGAGCAGUUGGCAGGCCUUUAAAACCCUUGCCAGAGGGAGGAAAGCCUCCUCUCAAUCUUCGAGAGUCCGGAACCAUGGUUGUUGAGGGAAGUGGUGGGAUUGGUAGAAACCCUUCUUCACGGGAACCUGGUAAAACUCCCAACCAGAGGGAAGGAAGACAGAAAGAACGACAGCCUUCUCGUAGGCGAACAGUAAGUGGAAGUGUUAGCGGAAGUGGCAGUAGUUACUCUGGCUCAAGCUCUAGGUCUAGGUCUUCUUCAAACUCCUUGUCACGUUCCGGAUCCAGGAAAUCCAGAAAGUCCAGGUCUCUGAGUGUGAGCAGUGUGUCAUCAGUGUCAUCAGCAUCAUCAAGCAGCAGUUCGGUGCGGAGUGCAGACUCUGAUGACAUGUAUGCUGACCUGGCGAGUCCCGUGUCUUCAGCCAGCACCCGUUCACCCACACCAGGUCACCCCCGUAAAGAACGAGGAGGCCCGGUACGGGAUCGUCCUCCUCAGAACAGAGACAAGAACAGGGGAGAGAAGAUCUUGAAGAAAGAUGAAAAUUUAAGGGAGGAUCGCAGAAAGAUGAACCCACCUGGUGGUCCACCGCGAGGUGGCAACCCUAUGCCCAGACCAGUCCCUGGAAGUAGAGGUGGUCACCCUCCUCACCACCCUCCUCACCACCCUGCGCACCACCCUGCGCACCACUCUGCUGGAAGUAUGCCGCCCCCAGGAAGCUAUGGAGGUUCAGGUUCCCAUAAAGAUAUCAAACUCACGCUUCUCAACAAGGGUGAGAAGGGCAGUAGAAAGCGGUACCUUCCCUCUGACAACCGAACUGGUUCCCCCCUCAGCAAGAGAAUGGCCAUGUCACCAGACAGAGCUCGUGAGAAGAGGAUAUCAGGACGAGCCCCACUUUCCCCACGAAUGGAUCGUCACAGAGGGCAAGGAGCCCGGCCAAUGCCCCCCCAGGGAGACAGAAAACGACCCCUGUCACCACCCCCGAAGUCAUCUGGAAAAGGGCCUGCGGUGCAGCCCGGCAAGCCUGCAGCUCCCGGCUCCGGCCCAGCAGCCAGCAAACCCAGCAACACUCUGUCUCGCCGUGAGGAGCUCCUAAAACAGCUGAAGGCCGUAGAAGAUGCCAUCGCUCGUAAAAGAGCAAAGAUCCCUGGCAAAUGAGCGGGAUCGGUCUCCUCACCCGUUCACCUGCGCGGCAUCGAGAACCACGGCCAGUUGGAGUUGGAAACUAUUCUCAGUGACUCCUGCUGUACUCUGCCGCCUACAAUGGACGUACACAAACACUGUAUGGUUCUUGUGUACAUACAUAAACAAGAGUUGUCCUCGGCUCGAGAGUUUCAUCUUAGAGCAUUUUCACUCCCUUAUGACCACAUUCUGCUGAGUUGCAGCUAGUGGUUAAGAAACUGGGCGGAACAAAAGGCAUGCUGAGAAGGAAGGAUUUCUUUGGAAAUUUCUGACUACUUUGUCAGUUGACUACUCAGAAAUGGAGAUAUCCACAUGUGUGUUGCCCACCUGAUGAUGACUUGCAGAUUCUACAUAUAUUUGUCUGCCCCCCUUCAAUUGUUUGCUUCUGUCAGAUCUGUUUAGCUUUCUUUACGACAUGUUGCUCUAGUGAAGUGAAUCUGCAGGUUCCGAUUCCUUUGGAACAAUCUGCUGCCAGUCUGUAUUUGGCCAUUGAAAGUGAUGGUCGUUUGCAGGCUCCGGUUAAACACACUUUUUGACACAGCAAGAGUUAAGUCAUCAGGUGCUCUUUCGACAAUUAUCAUGCAUAGCAGUGAUAGUUUUUUGUUUUUGUUUUUUUCACAAAAGACAGCAUUUUAUUUUCCUCUUAGCUCUUCUCAAGUUAUAAAUCAAUGUUUUAUUUGUGUCAUUUGUAGUUGGGGAAAAGAGAGGUUGUAACAGGGACAUUUAGAGACAUAAAAUCUUGCUUUUGUGACAAAAGCCUUCUAAAUAAACUAUUUUGAUAAAGAG